AUGGCCGACGACCUCUACAGCAGCACCUUCUCAGCCUCUGAGUCAGACUUCUCCUCCUCCUCCUCUUCCUCCUCGGCGUCGGCCUCCUUCCUCACGCUGGAGCAGAGGGCGGCCUUCGUCUUCGUCCUCAUCCUCUUCAUCUUCCUGGGCCUGCUGAUCGUCCGCUGUUUCCGGAUCCUUCUGGACCCGUAUCGGAGCAUGCCUUCCUCCACCUGGACGGACUACAUGGAGAAGGACACCUUCGACUACCGGAUUUCCUGA